AUGAGGAUGGAAAUUGCUCAUUUAUGCAUCAAGUUUCUUAUAGCAGGAACUGAUACUAUUCCAACUGCCUUGGAAUGGAUCAUGGCUAAUCUGGGUAAGUACCCACAAAUACAAGAAAAGUUAUUCAUUGAGAUUAAAGGGGUUGUGGGAAAUGGAAAGGAAGAUGUAAAAGAAAGUGAUUUAAUUGCAAAAGAUGAAAGCAGUGAUUUUGGAAGGCCUGAGGAGGCACAUUUUGUGGCACCGAAUGCAGUGGCGCAAGAUGUUGUUUUGGAUGAAUAUUUGAUACCCAAGAAUGCAAGCAUCAAUUUUAUUGUUGCUGACAUGGGGUUGGAUCCAAAGGUAUGGGAGGAUCCUAUGGCAUUCAAGCCUGAUAGAAUUUUGAAUACUGGAAGCCAAGAAAUUGAUAUUACAGGCAGUAGAGAGAUUAAAAUGAUGCCAUUUGGUGCAGGGAUGAUGUUGAUUUGGCUAAGAAGUUAG